AUGCAAUCCGUUUCCGAAUCCGUGAAGGACAAAACGGUCCUAAAUCUCACGGAAACGCCAUGCGAAAUAUGUGACCCGUCAACGCAUGAUGAGGAAAUGGUAGGGUGUGACGGUUGUUCGGGAUGGUUUCAUUCUCGUUGCGUGGGUAUUGUCGAGGGAAAUUUGCCGAAAAAGUGGUUCUGCCCCAGCGACGCCUGUCAGGAGAUGGCCAAGGAGUCCCAGAAGAAGAAGACCGCCAAGAAGCAUCAGACCCGUAGCCAGAGAGAAGCCGAUGAAUCCGACAAAUCCAGCAAGAAUGCCUAUUUAGCCGUCUCUAGUGUGGAAGCAAAGGUGCGUGCGCUGGAAGAGCGACAGAAGCGGCAGAUGGAGGAGUUGGAGGUGGAGAUGCAGCUGCGGAAGAAGGAGAAGGAGAUGCAGCGUGCUCUAGAGCGAAAGAAGAUAGAAAUGGAGUUGCAAAUGCGUGCCGAAGAAGAAGAGCAGAGGGCCUGGCAAGCCGAGAUGCUUCAGAAGAAGAAGGAGCAAAUGGAUCGAAUGAAAGCGAGUCAGAAGACAUUCGAGAGGAAAAUGGCGGACAUGGACAAGGAGAUGGCGGAUCUUUCAACUUCCAAGGUGCCCAAGCCGUCGUCGAAAUAUGUUGGUGACGAUCUACGAGCGGGAAGUUCCAGCAAAAUUAAACAAAACGUGUUGAAGCUGACCCAGGAGAACGUCAAGAUGCUGGCAGAAGACGACGAAGACACCGAAGAGGAGGACGAUGAUGCCGAUGGGGAAGAAGAAGUGGAAUCAUCGAGCCGGAGCUCCGAGUCAUCUUUGGAGAAGGGAGCCAAAUGGCGUGAUUCGCGGAAGAUUAGGAAGCGGGUGGUGAAGGAAAGCCAAGUUUGGCUAGGACAACAGCAGACCGGACCGACAAAGGCGCAGCUGGCCGCGAGAAAGAGGCUGACAUACAAGCUCCCAAAGUUCUCGGGGAAACCAGCGCAGUGGCCAUUGUUCUACGCGGCCAACAAAGCGUCCAACGAUGCCUGUGGCUAUAUGAACCACGAAAACCUGAUGAGGUUGCAGGAAGCGCUCGAAGGUGACGCACUCGAGUUAGUGUGGGGCCAGCUACUACUACCGGAGUCGAUCCCGAGGGUCCUAGAGAAGUUGCGUCGACAUUAUGGACGCCCGGAGCAACUGCUCGAGAGUUUGCUGGAUAAGGUCAAAAGGUUGGACCCCCUAAGCCGGACAACCUCCGGAGCUUUGUCCCUUUUGGGAAUACUGUGGAACAGCUAUGCGGCCAUCUUGAGGCAGCCGAUCUGCGGCAGCACCUCGUGA